GGACAGAGCACCUACAUAUGUCUCUGCCAGGCCCCAGUCCCCAGUCCCCAGUCCGCAGUCCGCUAUUGAAUAUCUAUAGAAUAUCUCCAGUUUAAUAAACAAAACUUCCUGGCAUCGACAGUUUGUACACCCUUAAAUAAGGUAGUCUUCUCUUUUGCUGAAUCUUUGCCAAGACCUAUGUACAUUUGCUUAUUAUUCGCCUAUUUGAACAGUGUGUAUAAUGAUAGUCUCAAAAUAGAGUAUAAGAUACAGAUACGGACUAUAGUCAUACAGCUGACAUUGGGUAUUAUCUGCAAGGGUAUUAAACACUCCGGCCUACGAGGCUAGCCUUAUUUGCUUGUUAUUUUUGUCAAUGGAGAAUGCAGGCUCGUCGCUGUCAGCGUUAACGCUGCUGUUGCCGUCAGAGUGGCCACCAGAAAUUGGAGCUGACUUGAGCGAAAAGCGCCGCGCUCUCGGUUUCUGCCACUGCCACUGCCACUGGCAGUGGCCAGUGCUGUUGCUGCCGAGGCGAACUGCCAGUCAGUCGGUGCAAAAACGGCGUGCAAUUCGGAGUCCGAAACAGGGGAACCCCUUGCGAAGUCAAUGUAUGGUCCAAGCGAGAUGAAGCUCAACCAGAUACCCAGAGGUGGCUACGGAGAGCAGGGCCUGUCACGCUCCACCGAGUACCGCAAGGUGAUGAAGCCGCUGAUGGAGCGCAAGCGUCGUGCACGCAUUAACCACUGCUUGGACGAGCUGAAGAUUAUCAUCUCGGAUCUGACUCACAUGGAGGCCAAGGGGCUGAACAAGUUGGAGAAGGCCGACAUCCUGGAGCUGGCGGUGCACCUAUUGCAGGAGCAGCGCGCCCAUGCCUCAUCGCAGCGACUGGAGGCGUCGUACUGGGGCGGCUUCCGACAGUGCGCUAGGCAGGUGUCCAGCUUCCUGCAGCACCACGACAAGACGCUCUGCGACCAGUUCGAUGAGUUCAUGCAGCAGAUCCUGCCGGACAAGCCUGCCCUACCGGAGCCGCCCCUCUGGAGGCCCUGGUAGAACGCACAGAACGCACAAAACAAACUUACAGGAUGAGCUCAGGUCGGGUGGAUGAUAACUGCUCCCCCC